CUGGCUGGCUUUCUCUCAGCUUUCACCUGCCCUGGCCAAAUGCAUCUAUAAAUAAGCACACACAAGCUCUAAUAGUACUAAGCAGUAUACGCAAGAGCAGCUAGCAGCUUAGCAAGAAAGUGAAUUAGAUACAAUGGCCGCCUCCUCGGUGCUGAUCCUGCUCAUGGCGAGCGCCUUGUUGGCCGCAGCCGGGGUCGUGGGCGCGACCACGUUCAGCAUCACGAACCAGUGCGGCUUCCCGGUGUGGCCGGCGGCGAUCCCGGUGGGCGGGGGCAGGCAGCUGAACCGGGGCGAGACGUGGAACCUGGAAGUCCCCGCCGGGACGAGCUCGGCCAGGAUCUGGGGCCGCACGGGCUGCUCCUUCAACGGCGCCGGCCGCGGGAGCUGCGCCACGGGCGACUGCGGCGGCGCGCUGUCGUGCAGCCUGUCGGGCCAGCCGCCGGCCACGCUGGCGGAGUUCACGCUCGGCGGCGCGCAGGACUUCUACGACAUCUCCGUCAUCGACGGGUUCAACGUCGCCAUGGACUUCUCCUGCAGCACCGGCGACGCGCUCCGUUGCCGGGACGCCGGGUGCCCCGACGCCUACCACCAUCCCAACGACGUUAAGACCCACGCCUGCAGCGGCAACAGGAGCUUCCGUGUCGUCUUCUGCCCAUGAUCGAUGGAUAUGCGUAUGCAUAUGCAUCGGCUAUAUACGCGCCUAAAUAUAACAUCCAACGCAUGACGGCAUAUAUAUACGAUAUGGUAUAGUAUAUGAUACUCUCAAAUACGUGUAUUUCCAGUCGCCACACGUGUAUAUAUAUUCGAGUGGCCAAUAAAGUUGAUGAAUAAAGGAUUCGCACAAAAAUGUUGAUGAAGAAA